AUGUCUGCCAACCCGACGCCCGCACAGCAGCAGCAAAACCAGUCGUCCAAACGUCUGCAACAAACGCAGGCACAGGUGGACGAAGUGGUGGGCAUAAUGAGGACAAACGUGGAGAAAGUGCUGGAGAGGGACAACAAGUUGUCUGAGUUGGACGACAGGGCGGACGCCCUACAACACGGCGCGUCCCAGUUCGAGCAACAGGCGGGCAAACUUAAGCGCAAGUUCUGGUGGAAAAAUCUGAAG